AUGGGAGACGCGGACGAGAAGAAGUCACCCCGGGGUUCGGAUCCGGAGACGGGUUCGGCUCGGAGAAGUCAAGACACUACCACCACGGAAGAAGGUGAUGUAGAUGUCAUCGCCCCGACACAGCAGAUCCAUCAGCAGAUUUCGGUUCAUGAGAAGGAAAAGGAAAAGGAAAAGGAAAAGGAAAAGGAAAAGGAAAAGGAAAAGGAAAAGGAAAAGGAAAAGGAGAAUGUCGACAUGUUUCCUCCUCGGACUGAUGUUCCACCACCACCGCCCAAUGGAGGCUACGGAUGGGUAUGCACAGCAUGUGUGGCAACCAUCAACGCCCAUACCUGGGGCCUCAAUUCGAGUUACGGAGUCUUCCUCGCCCAUUUCAUCGCAAACGACACGUUUCCCGGUGCGACCUCUCUUCACUAUGCCUUUGUCGGAUCCCUGAGUAUCGCAUGUGCCAUGCUUGUCUCCCCUCUUGCUACUCUCUGCGUUCGCGAGUUCGGCACCAAGCCCACUCUUUUCGGCGGCAUUAUCUUGGAGACUGCUAGUUUGAUAUGUGCUAGCUUUGCGACCAAGAUAUACCAACUCUUCCUCACGCAGGGCGUUCUCUUCGGGUUGGGAAUGGGCUUCCUCUUCGUUCCGAGCGUCGGUAUCGUUCCCCAAUGGUUCACUACACGUCGAUCUCUGGCGAACGGUAUCUCUGCUGCUGGGUCGGGUCUUGGUGGCUUGUUGUACUCCCUAGCAGCUGGGGCAAUCAUUCGAAACAUCAGUCUCGCAUGGGCGUAUAGGAUUCUCGGUAUUCUUGUGUUUGUCGUCAACAUCAUCUGCACUAUCCUUGUCAAAGACCGCAACAAAAUCAUAGGCUCUCGCCAGGUCCCUUUCGAUCUCGGUCUCUUCAAACGAGUCGAGUUCAACCUGCUUCUCGGAUAUGGCUGGUUCAGUAUGCUCGGAUACGUCGUCCUCAUCUUCAGCUUGGCGAACUACGCCAACUUCAUAGGCCUCAAUGCUUCCCACGCGGCCAUGGUCAGCGCCAUCUUCAACCUGGGUCAGGCUGUUGGUCGUCCCUUCAUUGGAUAUUUCAGUGACCGCACAGGACGCAUUAACAUGGCCUGCGCAACAACAUGGAUGGCUGCGAUUCUCGUGUUUGCGAUUUGGAUCAACGCCAAAUCAUACGCACUUCUGCUCUUCUUCACCAUCGUGGGAGGUGCAAUGGCCGGAACUUACUGGGCCACUGUCGGUCCCGUCACAGCCGAGGUUGUUGGUCUCGCCGAUGUCCCUUCAGCGCUCAACCUGACGUGGCUCGUUAUCAGCUUGCCUUGCGCGUUCAGCACACCCAUCGCGCUGCAGAUCGUCGCGGGGACUGGUAAGUAUAUUGGAGCUCAGAUCUUUGUGGGCAUUAUGUAUCUCGCGGCGGGAUUAUGUUUGUUCUUCCUUCGUGGGUGGAAGAUUGGAGAGCUUGCUGAGAUAUCUCGCGCUACCAAUGAUGAUCCAGAGGAGAUUAGUCGGGUCAGGUCGCAUGCGAGUGGUGCUGUUAGCAUCAAGAGUAGGAGAGUCGGUCGGAAGAAAAUGAUGGCUGAGUGUUAUAAGGGCGGAAAGGUUUAG